UCUUAUUAUCAUUCUUAUUUCUCUUCAGCUACCAUAAUAUUAAUAUUUUUAUUCUUCUGCAAUUCAAAUCUUGAUUAGCAUGGCGGAUCAAUUUUCGGACGCUGUUCAGGAUGUAGUUGUCGAUCAUAUUGAAGAGAGUCAUCCUGUUGAAGUUGAAGCGAAAUGCUCUGCGGAUCUUUUCUACGGCAUGUUUAAGGAGGAUAUGACUCAGCUCACGAAUCAUUUCCCUCAGUAUUUUAAGAGUGUUGAAAUUCUAGAGGGAGAUGGAAAGACUGUUGGUACCGUAAAGCUUUGGAAAUAUGCAUUACCAGGACACCCUGCUGAUGAGGAAUUCACGGUGAAGGAGACAGUUACAAAAGUGGAUGAUGAGAACAGGUCGAUCACCUACAGUGUUUUAGAAGGAUCAUGUCUAUUAAAUACUUAUAAGGAUUUUGCCGUCACAGUGUCAGUGACCCCAAAAGAGGGUGCUGAAGACUCUGAGUGCAUCGUCAGAUGGUGUUUUGAUUUGGCAAAAGAGCACGACGGUGUACCCCAUCCACAUCCCUACAUGGAGCUGGUUGAUUUUAUCAGUAAAGAGUUGGGUUCUAUUCUUCCCAAUUAACUGGCUUCGGGUGUUGAUGAUGAGCUACUUGGCCUUUGAACAAAUUUGCUACACCGUGAAUAAAGUUCAUUGUGGUGAACUGUUUGAUUAUUAUUUUAUGGGUUUGCCUUUGGGUGCGUGAGGUUGUAAUUUGUAUGUUUAUGGUGCAUGCUCAAGCACCACCUUUAAAUAUUUAUUUCAUUUUUAUUUUUGUGAUAAUAAACCGAGUGAUGGCUAGUAGUUGUUAAGUAUGA